AUGGAGAGGUAUAGGGAGCAGAAGAAGGACCUACAUAUGGUCUUCAUCGACUUGGAGAAGGCGUAUGAUAAGAUACCAAGGACGGUCAUAUGGUGGGCGCUGGAGAAACACAAAAUUCCAGCAAAGUACAUUACCCUCAUCAGAUAUAUGUACGAUUAUGUUGUGACAAGUGUUCGCGCAGGUGAUAGUGAGACCGAUACCUUCCCAAUCACGAUAGGACUACAUCAAGGGUCAACCUUGAGCCCAUACAUGUUUUUCUUGGUGAUGGAUGAUGUGACCAAGGAUAUACAAGGAGAUAUUCCUUGGUGUAUACUCUUUGCUGAUGAUGUGGUGCUAGUAGAUGAAACUAGGGCCGACGUGAAUAGGAAGUUAGAGCUAUGGAGGCAAACUUUGGAGUCAAAGGGGUUUAGAAUUGGCAGGACCAAGACUGAGUACAUGCGAUGCGACUUUUGUGGUGUUGGUGGUGAAGAUGGAGAUGUCAGUUUAGAAGGAAAGAUAGUGCCCAAGAGGGACACCUUCUGUUACUUGGGAUCAAUGUUGCAAAGCAAUGGUGAUAUCGAUGAGGAUGUUUGUCAUUGGAUCAAUGCAGGGUGGAUGAAGUGGAGGCAGGCAUCUGGUAUCCUAUGUUACAAAAAGGUCCCACAAAAGCUACAAGGUAAGUUCUAUAGGACGGCUAUCAGAUCGGCGAUGCUUUGUGGGGACAGAAUCGAUGGCAUAAACUGGAGAUGGCUUGCCGGAGGUUGGCGUAGCCGGCGAGCGGCGCAAUUGGGGGUGGAUUUGGAGCGCCGCUGCCGGCGAGCGGCGGAGCCUCUCUCUCCAUGGGCGUCGAUCCUUCCUGGAGAUUUGCUUCGCCUGAUAGCAGGGCUUGUUUUGGAGGGCGAUUUCCUGGAUUACGUUCGCUUCCGCGCCGUUUGCACCAGUUGGCGAUCUGGCACCGUCUGUCCACGCGGCCGUGGUGUCACCGAUCCUCGCUUACACCCGCGCCGCUGGAUGAUGCUCACCGAGGGUCAUGGCCUCUAUCCUGGAUAUGGAAAGCUGGGUGGAUACGUCCGCUUAUUCAACCUCUACACGGGAACCUUCGUCCGUGCCAAGCUCCCGUUGUUCAGGAACCAUUGCACGCUUGAUAGUGUCGACGGCCUGCUCAUACUCCAAAGGGACGAAGACACCGGCAUCCGUGUCCUUCACCCUUUCACUGGCGACAUUGCUGAGCUCCCACCACUGGCCACCCUCCUAACUCAGUUGGACGGUUAUCUUAACCGAGCACCUGAAUGGGAAAGGUGGUUCUCCAUCAGAAACAAUCUAUGUGCUUCGGUUUCCUGCAAUGCUGGAAUCACCACAGUCAUGCUUGCAUUCCACCAUCUGUCUCGUGUAGCCUUUGCUACCUCUCAGGACCGGCACUGGACUAUGACAAGCUGGGAGGUUCCUCGUAGUGUUCGACCCUUGUCAUUCCGUGGCAAGAUAUACGUGGUGCAUAACCAAACUCCAACAGUUGAUGCUACAUCACAUGUUCUCCAGAUAGAUCACCCCCUGCAGAAUGAGAUAGGCAUAGGGUUUCAGCAGCCGUCACCACCACGGUUAGUCGCCACAUGUCCGCCCAAUGUUCUCCGUUAUCCCAUCUACCUGGUAGAGUGUGACUCGGAGAUCUUGGUGGUUGGUCAUAGUGACAGUUCCUUUUCUCAUAUUUUAGUAUACAAACUUGCGGAUCUUGUGCUGGGAAGGUUUAUCCCUAUAACAAGGAUUGGAGAUCGUGCCCUCUUAAUCGAAGAAAGGUCUCUGAGCGUCUCCUCUAAGUCGUUACCUACAGUCAUGGCUGAAACUGUCAUCUACACGCAUCCAAGAACGCGUGAUUUUGCACAAUACCAGCUUGGUACUGGCACUUGGUCUCGACCCAUCGACAAAUGCGGGAUAGAUGGCUUUGCCCCGGGUCCUCGUAGCCUCAUCCACCAUGUGAUGAGCUGCUGCAUCCGCAACGUCUGGAACAAAGGGCUGGUAUAUUCUAAAAAUGAAUACCGUAAACCUGGAUGGCUUCUUUGGAAGGUGAAAAGAAAGUUCCGCACUGGGGCUUCCACUUCUAACGGAUGCAAAUCUUUGGUGAAGAACUUGCCAAAUACACAGUGUAACUUGCAGCGGAUUGCAUCAGGAAAGCCAUCCAAAUCAAAUCACAAACAAAAAUCUCUGAUUGAUAUUCCUUUCCCUUUCUGA